GCUGAUGGCGGCGCCGCCGGCUCCGUGUGCCCGGGGCGCUCCCGCCGCCGCCUGAGGCGCGCCCGCCGCCCAAGCGCCCGCCGCCAUGACCGAGGAGCCGUACGAGAAGUUCCUGACCCCCGAGGAGCCCUGCCCGCUGCUCUCGCACCAGCACCCGCCGCGGGGCGGCAGCUUGAGCCUGAGCGAGGAGGGCUGCCUGGACGUCAGCGAUUUCGGCUGCCAGCUCUCCUCCUGCCACCGCACCGACCCCCUGCACCGCUUCCACUCCAACAGGUGGAACUUGACAUCUUGUGGGACGAGCGUGGCCAGCUCGGAGUGCAGCGAGGAGCUGUUCUCAUCCGUGUCCGUGGGGGAUCAGGAUGAUUGUUACUCCCUGCUGGAUGACCAGGAGUUCACCUCUUUUGAUCUGUUCCCCGAGGGCAGUGUCUGCAGUGAUGUCUCCUCUUCUAUCAGCACCUACUGGGAUUGGUCAGACAGCGAGUUUGAGUGGCAGUUGCCUGGCAGCGACAUUGCAAGUGGGAGUGAUGUGCUUUCUGAUGUUAUACCGAGUAUUCCAAGCUCUCCCUGUCUGCUUCCCAAAAAGAAAAACAAGCAUAGGAAUCUUGAUGAGCUUCCAUGGAGUGCAAUGACAAAUGAUGAACAGGUUGAAUAUAUUGAAUAUUUGAGUCGCAAAGUCAGUACAGAAAUGGGCCUUCGAGAGCAACUCGAUAUUAUUAAAAUUAUUGAUCCUACUGCUCAGAUCUCACCUACAGAUAGUGAAUUCAUUAUUGAAUUGAACUGUCUCACAGAUGAAAAGCUGAAACAGGUGAGAAACUAUAUCAAGGAACACGGACCUCGCCAGCGGUCUGCAAGGGAGAGCUGGAAAAGGAGCAGCUACAGCUGUGCAAGUACCAGUGGUGUGAGUGGGGCCAGUGCCAGCAGCAGCAGUGCCAGCAUGGUCAGCUCAGCCAGCAGCAGUGGCUCCAGCGUUGCCAACUCUGCCUCAAACUCCAGUGCCAACAUGAGUCGAGCGCACAGCGACAGCAAUUUGUCCACAAGUGCUGCAGAAAGAAUCCGGGAUUCCAAAAAACGUUCCAAGCAACGGAAACUCCAGCAAAAGGCCUUACGGAAGAGACAGCUGAAAGAACAAAGACAAGCCCGUAAGGAAAGACUGAGUGGAUUAUUUCUUAACGAAGAAGUGCUGUCUUUAAAAGUGACUGAGGAGGACCAUGAAGGAGAUGUAGAUGUUUUAAUGUGACAGGGGUGAAUUUAUCAGUGUUCUUUCUAAGCCUUAAAUGUAUUAUCCUUAUUGUUUACAUAUAUUUCUUGACCAAAUUUCAAUUAGUAUUAACAAUACAAACCAGAUCUUUUCUCAAGUGUAAUUUUGCUAACAAGGUCUAAGUAUUGAGUAACUUCAGCUUUUUGAGACUAAUUUUGCAACAGAAAAUUCAGAAACAUACCUAUCUUCUGAAAAGCUGCUGAAUAGAUGUGGUUUUAAAGGAAUUUGAACUUGGCUAACAUGCUAACUUACUUGCACGUAAAUCUAGUGGUGCUUUUGGAUGACACAAAGCAUGCAUUAUUAUGUUUUAGCUUUUUUAUUUUUUUUCCAGCUUUGAGUUAGUAUUAUACUUUUUUUCUGAAUUAUUCUGAAGACUUUUUCUGUCUUCCUUUCCCAUUAUUAGGAAGAUUGUUUAGCAUGAGGAAAAAUCUUUUUCUCUAUGGGGCUUUCUUCAGCCUUGCUCUUGGUUUGUACAAAAUCAAAGUACUGUUGAUACUUUUCUAAAAGUUAUGAUUUAACUCAAACUACACAGAAAACAAGAAGCAGGACAUCUAAUGCAAAUCUGUAUAGAAUCUGUAAUACAAAUACUGCUUGAUAAUGUAGUUCUUAGGAACCAACUAAAAAUUUUAAAAAACCCUCAAAGUAAUUGCAGACUUAGUCUUCAGAAGGUUAUUUUUCUUCUCAGUAUCUUAAGAUUGUUACUAAUGGUUCACUAGUACAUGCCUAGUAUUUCUGUGAAAAGAUUCCAAUAAAAACACAUUUAUCCAUCGAAAAUACACUAAUUAAGUUGUCAAGGACACUACUUAAAGUAGUUAAAAACACUACUGGAAACAGAAGUGCAAACAAGUGGCACACAGUGGUUUUCUUCCCCAGAAGCAUAUCUAAAUAUAUUUGAUUCAUAUUAUUGACAGGAAAACUUAAUUAAUGCAGCUGUACUUUUAAAAUUGUAUGUUUAGAUGAGGUUGUCUUCUGUGUGGGUCGUUACACCAUGACAUGUAUCAGAAUUCUCCUUUUGUUGUCUAUCAACUUUUGAAAUUUCUCAUGAUAAGACAGGUAAAAUUGUGGCUUUCAGGUAGGGAAGUGAUAGUAAUUUCGAACUUUUUCUUAAUUCUGACAAACUUUAAGCUGAUUUUAGUUUUUAUCUUGGAACUACUUUUAUGGAACUCCUUCCCCCCACGGCUGAGAUAAAAAUGAUAGUUCUAAAUUUUAAUUUGAAAUUUAAAUGUGUAUAAAAAUAUUUUUGAGUUCUGAGUUAAGGAAAUAAAUUUUUAUUAUGUUGAUGCUUCAUUACUUUAAUUUUGCUCUUGAAUUAAGGAGUUUAACAGUUUAGUGUGGCCACUAAUUGCUGGAUAUAGCUCAAUCCUGCAGAAUGCAUGAUCAGCUUUAGGAUUAUUGACAUCAAUGUUCCAUGUCCUGCACAGACUUACUAGCCCUGACAGCUGAAAUAUUUUUUCUUACAGAACUGGCAUUCCUUUUAGCCUCAAAAUAAACUGACCAGUAAAUUAUCUGAACAAUGGCCUCUGAAAGGGUUUUGAUAAGAAAUAAAUAAAGUCCAUAGUCAAACUAAUAUGUUUGAACUUAGUGCUGCUCUACAACAGGUCCCCAGGCUUGGCCAUUGACUGACUAAAAGCCAGGUAAUGUAAUUUUAAUCUCAUAUUAGCUAUCCUAUAUGGCCAAUUGUCUGUCCACUAACCACAAGUGUCUGUGACCUGUCAGUAUUUGCUUGUACUGUGCUGUUGCUGAUUGAUGCCUUCCUCCUGUAUAAUCAAUACUGAAAACUUCUUAACAGUAUACACUUUAUAGAGAAUUUAGAUUGACUUAAAUCUGGAGCUUCUUUUAAAUAUCUUGUAUGGAAGAUAAAAUUCAAUUACUAUCUAUUUGGCUAAUUUCAGGGUGUGGUUGUUAAACUCUUGCAUGUUAAUGGAUGAAUUCAUCAUGAAAUACUUCACCAUGUGUACACUAUCACAGUUCAGUACAACCUUUAUUUUCUGCAGCGACUUGGAAAUAUGAUUGAUUUUUUUUUUUCUGAAGAAAAAUGCACACUUUGUACUGUAGAGAAUUGAAACUCUGAAGUGAAUUGUAAGAAAGGUGCAAUAUCUCAGUGUGGUGGAGCAUGAAAGUGUGUCACUUUAUUCUGUUUCAGCAGUUAUUCAGAGUUUAAAAUGCCUCAGGGUUUUGUUGAGAGAAGACCCCAUCAUUUUGAUGAGGUACAGUUCAUUCUGGUCACCUGUGUACUAGCUUCCAGAGAUCAUGAAGUGAGGGAGGAUAGUAUUUCCAUCAUAGUGUGAGCAUGUAAGUAUAAAUUAUUCUAAGUGAUUAGAUGGGUCCAGUUGCUCAUCUGUUACAUUGGACUAAAAGGUCCUGGGUGCCAGAAUAGCUGAUUGUGCUGUGUUGUCUCCAGCAGGUACUUCAGUCAUGGGUGUGACAGUUAAAAUGAUCGAAGAGAGUGGAUUUCCAGGUAUUCCAUGCUAAUAAUUUAUAGCUCUGUGAUCUCAUAGAUCCAGGAUGCUCAUAAGAAUACAAAGAAUACAAAACUCUGAAUGUUCUGGUAAGAGUGCAGAAUAACAUUUUGCUUACCUUGAAUAUUCUUUUCCAAGUACUCAGAGAUAAAAUGUUGUCUUUCCCUGAUCUCAGAGAAUCAGGCCUGAAGUGACUGUGGGACUCAGGAGUUCUCACAUACUUCUACACAUUUGGGUUUUUUUUCCUUUACCUUUCUCAUCUUCUAUAGUCCCAGUGACACACUCCUUUUGUGGUGGGGAGAGGUUUCUUGUCAGAUUCAUGUUUUUCCCUGCAGCAUGCUCAAUAUUUACUCAGGAAGACCCCACCCAUGGUGGUUUUAAAAGACAGGUAACUGUGGCACUUAGACAUGGUUUAGUGGUGGGCUUGGCAGUGUGAGAUUUAGGGUUGGAGUUGAUGAUCCUAAAAGGACUUUUCCAAUCUGAAUCUAUUAAUUUCUAUGAAAUACCUGUGGUAGUAGUCAAACAGUUGGAAUGUCAGUGAAAUCUGGUCUUACUGAUUUAGGUUUUGGCCUUUGUGGCUACAGGUGUAACUACUGGGUUCUGAUGAGGAGGAGUAACAGACAACUAAAAUAAUGCAUCCUUAUUGUGUUUUUUCUUAAAAAAAAUUAAUCAAAUCCCUGAUUUUUAUUAAUAGAGGAAAAAUGUCAAGCUUAAAAGCAGCACAGUGACACACAGGAAAAAGCUCAUAGUUACAUGGCUUCAUGGUACUGAAACUGUGUCUGUAGCAACUUUGUCCCCACUGCAAUGUGGAUAUAAACAAUUUACACUCUGUAAUGAUAACAGUUUGCUUCCAUGGUAACUUUUUCGCUUAAAAGGCUUAGAAGGAGCACUGAAAGUCUGAUUGCAAUAGGACUGUAAACAAGAGAGAACAUUAUUUUCUAAUAUGAUUUUAAAUAUGAGGAAGAAGGCUGCCUGACAAACUUGGCUGAUUUCUGUGUAUCUAUCUAAUGUCAUGUUUUGUUAAAAUACUUAUUUUUUUUAAUCUGGAAAGCUGAUAAAAAGAUGGUUACAAUAUGCUCAGUAUGGGGUGCUUACUUGGAAGAACAGGAAAAGCAUUUGCAAGGCUUUCCUGGGCUCAAAUUUUAGUUCUCAUAUUGUGGUUUGAAACCUGUGAAGAUCAUUCUCUGGAGACAAAACAAACCAACCAACCUGCUUGAACUUACAUGAAUUUACAUCAGAGUGCAUAUACAAUACAGAAAGAUCAAAAUGGUAAUAUUUACUGUUCACUUAUGCUGAAUGGCCUGAAGCCAUUUCUUUUCUCCUAACACUGUUUCAACUUUGAAAUCAGUUGAUGCAUUAGUCUAUAAAUAUUAAUAAACAUGACUCUUUUGGGAGCUUUUUUAAAGUUAAUUCAUAUAAGCCAGAUUUUCAUGGCAGAUGUUGUUAGAUUUAUUGGUUUAAUUUUCUUAAGCUUACUGAUCUUGUAAUUCUUGGGCAAGAAAAGUCAACAGUUGUCCAUUUAAGGAUUGCAAAGAUUAGUUUAUUAAUCUAUCAAGAGCAAAUCUAAGUAAUAUUCAAAGUUUGUCUAUUUUGACUGUUAACUCUGAUGAAUCAUAUUAGCAUUCUCUCUCAUCUGGCUAACUUUAAAAAUAAAUUCUCCAGUGUAAAAAAAAAUAAUUUAAAUAUGGAAGCCUUGAGUAUAGUUAAUAACCAAAGCAAGGGGAAGGUGAGGGGUUGAUUUUUUUUUUCUUUUUGUUGGGGGGGGAGAGAUGAGGGUAUAGAUUAGAGUAUAUGGUAUUGCUUAAAUUGAGUUGGUUUUUUUUUCCAGGUUCUCUGCUAAUUGUAUUGCUAAAAUGCACUUUUGUAUAGAAAACUGUUCUCUGUACAUUCUGUAUCUACUUUACACAAUGUUUAUAGAGAUUUUUCUGAAGUUGUGAAGGAUUUACUGAAAGCUCUGAUGCUGUUGAAUUCAAGUUUUCAUUGUAUUUGAAAAUAGUUAUGUGCAUUUUGAAGUACAGGUUGGAAUUAAAAUUAAUGAUAUAGCAAAGAUAUUCUUAGGAAAUGAUGUGAUGUUUUCUUCAGAGCAGGGGGAUUCAUGUACAGGACCUGUCAAGUCACUCUUCAGGCAGAAAAUACAAAUAAAAUUGCACAUCUUAACUGUUCUUGAUGGCAAAAAGCAAACUUGUCCCCUCUUAGCUAAAGGGGUUUGUUAACUGCAAAAUCUGGCAAGAAUUGUUUCAUAGGGAAGCAAUUAAUUGCUGUGAAUUGUAUAAUCCAAGGUCACAUACUUAAAGCUGUCUGUCCUUUGUUUUGAUUCCUAUGCCAGAGAUGUUUUUUAUAUAUGUACUCAGCACCAGCAAGGAUAUGGCAGUCUUUGAAUAGGCAAGAGUGAGGACAUUUGCCAGCUUAUAGAAGUCAUGUCCUUAAACAAAAUUUGCCUUCUGCAACACUGAAGCUUGAAGUGUAAUAUUGCAAAACCUCCAUUUUCCCUUUGGAAUCCAGUAAAAAAAUCCUGGAAACCUGAGAAGAGGAUAGCUGGCAUAAGCAUGUAUUCCUCAGCAUGCAGAAGGUUUCCUGCAGCAUCUCAGGGAUCUAAAACUGCCUUCUUUGUCUUGGCUAUGGCUCAUCAAACACUUCUGGGAGUUCUCAUCGAACACUGACAGAAAUUAAAACUAACCAAGUGUUGCUAUCCCAGUUUCUGUAGAUGUCAAGUGAUGGAGAAGGACAGGGUGAAAAAUGUUGCAUAUCACAGCAAGUCUUGUCAAACUGUGAGAGAUCUUUAAUUGUUGUGAACAGAAGUGUGGAAGCUCUUGCUCUUGUGGUGCUAUGCCUUCACCUGAGCAGCGUGCUUAUGUGCUUUUUCUGCUGUCGCCCAAAGGUGGGUGACAGUGUGAAAGGUUAUGCAACAAAAACCAAAUUGCAAUGUUUCCAAGGACCUUGACCCACUAGGAUGCUGGCUUGUUGUAAGGGCUGAUGUCUCCUUGCACAGCAUCCAGGAGCUGCAGGGAACCUGAUGUUUGCACUCUCUGACUCCCAGAACCCUCCCAGCCUGUCCUGUUGCAGCAGUUCAUUGUCAGGGUACCAGUUGCACAGGUGGGUCUGAUCUGCUGGCAAGCAGCUGCCUGUCACCAGGGUUACAUGGGCACAACCAGUGAUGUUAUGAAUCUCUUACUAGCCAUCCUUAAGCAUUUCUUCAUUUCUCUCUCAAGUGUAGCCAGUUUCACUGCAUUGAGGAAGUCUCAUUUGAUGGCUGAUCACUAUUCAGGCACAAGCUGAAUGAAGCAAAACCAGUUGAUAAGCUUGCUUUACUUAAUUGACAGGGAAAGGUGUCACUGGCUAUGGGCUUGCUGUCCUCAACCACUCUUACUAUACUGGCCUGAACUGUACACUUCACCCAAACAUUUUCCAGUACAAAACUAGUUACAGUUUGGUUUCCUCAGAUCCUUUGUAUAUGUUCCUAAAGAUCCCAUGCCCUACUGGGUAGAAAACCUUUUUUCACCUCCUUCUGGAACAUUCAUCCAUUGAAAAUUGUUUCUCUAGUGUUGAAAUAAAAUAUAAAUAUAAAUCCAAAUCCA